AUGCGGAAAACCAUCGUCAUCACAGCGGCAGCCCUCAGUGGCAUCUCGAUAGCCGUAUCUCUAUACCUCUCACGCCAGAAACAAUACCUCGCAUCGAGGGUUCGUCAUUACUCAAAACACGGCCAGCUCUCUCCCUCGACACCACGCAAUAUUUCAUCCCUCCCUACUGAGGUUUUCAGCUCAAAGUGCUAUGCCGUCUACGACUACGCAUCCAUCGCAACACCGCGUCAUGCACUCCCAGAUCUCGAGCUACGCCAACUUCUCACCGUUCUCCUCCGCCGAAACAUGACCUCCUUCGCACGCUUACCACAGGCUCGUCUUCUUAAACUCAUGGCGCCGGAUCCAGAGGCUCAGCAAAGUUUCGAUCCGGCGCAUAUAGAGACUCUUGAAUUUGGAGAAGGCGAUCUUGUCUGUAAUGGAUAUCGAGUGAAGCUACGCACGGACGAAAAGGUGGAGUUUGAGUUCCAGUUGGGCAUACAGGGACGAUUGGUGAUGAGUGUCGAGGCCGAGGGGGAUGAGGUGGUAUUCCAUAACGAGACGCUCAUGAUUCGAGAGGAGGAUUCGAAGACAAAGCUUCCGUUGGAGAACGGAUUGGCGAAUUGGUUUCACGAAUUGACGGCGUGGUGGAUGCUAGAGUCGGGGGUGAAUUAUCUCAAGGGGUUGAAGGGAGAGAACUAUACCGCGUAG